UUCGAGACUCUGCGGCGUUGGCGACGGGCGCCAUGGCCGGAAGAAAUUCGCAUCCUCCGCUCGCCCCCUCCGCAUCGAGGCUCCGUGGCCCUGACGCUGGUCUCCGUCACUCAGCCUCCGCUGCCCCCCUCCGCUCCUCUUCUCCGGCCGCGUUCAUCCCGCCCCUCGAGUGGUUCGGCGAGAUCUGUGGGGAGCAGCCGGCGUUCGGCGAGGCCCUUGGGGAUCCGCACGCGUCCGGCGUGGUCGGUGGGGAGCCGCAUGCGUCCGGCCAGGUCCAUGGGGAGUUGCAGGGCGGCAGCGAGCUCCAGCGGAAAAAGAGCCGCAAGAAGGUUACAACCACACAAUCAGAAAAAAUAUCUCCAACUGCAGGGAGCAAAAGACCACUUUCAGAGGCUAGUGGUAGCUUAAGAGCAAGCAAGUCUGCCAAAGUUAUGAAUGCCAAGGUUGUCAUGACUCAAUUGGAAAACAGUUCUAAAACCGUAGGAAGAAAAUUGGCUCCAAUCGUCUCUAGAUCUCCUAUGACGAUGGCAAGAAAAAGGGCGCACUCACAUGCAAGUUCUCCAAAUUUAGCCGGGACUUCGAAGACCCCUUCUUUGCAUGAUCUAUCAGCUGCUGCUACAAGUGGUACUCCAACUUCUAUGCAUGAUCUAUCACAUGAUGCCACAAAUGGUACUCCAACUUCUAUGCAUGAUCUAUCACUCGCUGCUACAAGUGGUACUCCAACUUCUAUGCAUGAUCUAUCUCCUGAUGCUACAAAUGGCUCCACACGCAAAUCACGCAGGCUUACCUCUACCAUUUGGAAGGAUGCUGAGCCAAUAUAUGUUGGUAGGUUCUUAAUGCAAGGUCGAUGCAAGUAUUGCGGCAAUGUAUUUCCAGCAUCUAGGGCCACAGGUACCAGUCAACUUGGUAGACACUUGAAGGUAUGUGAGGUGAAAAAUUCAAUGGAUGGGGUGAUGAAGCAAAUUAAAACUUCUGUUGAAAUAGUCCCUGACUGGGAAUUUGAUCAAGAAGCUGUAAGGAGUGAAUUAUCACCUGCUGCUUCAAAUGGUACUCCAACUUCUAUGCAUGAUCUAUCACCUGAUGCUACAGAUGGUACUCCAACUUCUAUGCAUGAUUUAUCACCCGCUGCUACAAGUUGUACUCCAACUUCUAUGCAUGAUCUAUCACCUGAUCCUACAAAUGGUACUUCAACUUCUAUGCAUGAUCUACCACCCACUGCUACAAAUGGCUCCAAACGCAAACAACGCAAGCUUACCUCUAUCAUUUGGAAGGAUGCUGAGCCAAUAUAUAUUGAUGGGGUAUUGAUGCAAGGCCGAUGCAAUUAUUGCAACAACGUAUUUCCAGCCUCUAGGGUCUCAGGUACCAGUCAACUUGGUAGACACUUGAAAGUAUGUGAGGUGAAAAAUUCAAUGGAUGGGGUGAUUCAGCAAAUAAAAACUUCUGAUGAAAUAGACCCUGAUUGGAAAUUUGAUCAAGAAGCUGCAAGGAGUGAGCUUGUUAAGUUAAUUGUCUUGCAUGGGCUGCCCUUCUCAUUCGUCGAGUAUUAUGGUUUUAGAAAGUUUUGUGCAUCAUUGAAUCCCUGGUUCAAGUCUGUCAAUAGAGUAACUAUCGAAAAUGAUUGCAUGGACGCUUACCAUCAAUACAAAAAUGUCUAUGAAAGUUUCUUCAAGAAUUGCAAUUAUAGAGUAUCUCUAAGUUGUGAUAUGUGGACUUCGAACCAAAAACUUGAAUACCUUUGUAUCACAUGCCACUGGAUUGAUAGUAAAUGGAAAGUUAGGCACAAAAUCAUAAGGUUUUGCCUAGUUGAAACACCCCACGAUGCAUGGAAUAUGUUUGGUGUGGUACUAAAUAGCCUUCGUGAUUGGAACAUUGAGAACAAGCUAUUUAGCUUCACAACAGAUAAUGCAGAAGUUAACACCAAAAUGGUUAGCCAUCUCAGAAAAAAUCUUGUUGAUCGAAACCUUAUCCAUCAUGAAGGGAAACUGUUACACAUUCGCUGUGCGGCUCAUGUGCUAAAUUUAGUAGUGCAAGAUGGAUUGAGAACCAUGAAGUCUGUUGUGGACAACAUCAGAGAGAGUGUAAAAUACAUCAGAAGUUCUCAGUUUAGAAAAGAACAAUUUGCCAAAAUGGUUGCAAAAGUUGGAAUAAAAUGUAAACACCAGCCUUCACUAGAUGUUUCUACAAGAUGGAACUCCACAUUCCAGAUGCUCGAGUCCACAUUACCAUUCAGAAAAGUCUUUGAGACAUUAGAGGAACAAGAACCAAAUUAUACAUUUGGUCCUUCAGAUGAGGAAUGGAAAAUGGUUGAAGAGAUUUGUCAGCUUCUAAAGGUAUUCUGCCAUGCCACCGAUGUUAUUUCAGGCUCAAAUUACCCAACCUCUAAUCUCUAUUUCCUCGAGAUUUGGAGUGUCAAACUUGUUCUAGAUGAACAAGCAAAGAGCGACAAUGGUACAAUCAGAAUCAUGGUGAAUGAAAUGAAGAAGAAAUUUCAUAUGUACUUUAUGGAGUCAUACCUGACAAACUGCAUACCGGUGAUACUCGACCCAAGGUUUAAAAUGCAACAUGUUGAGUUCCGAUUGAAACAAUAUUUUGGAGUUGAUGCGGAUAAACAUAUCCAAGAAGUGAGGACAGCUAUCGAAGCCCUGUUUACUGAAUAUGCAGCUGAAUUUGAAGAUAAUGUCGAUAUCUUGUCACAAGAACGAAAGGGCCAGGAAGUUGCUUUGGCUGAUAGUGCCCUUUCCGAUUGGGAUGAACAUGUAAAGCUUAAGAAAGCUAAAAACCGUGAUGAGCUGCAAAGGUACCUUGAUGAAGACUUCCAUCCUCGUACACCAGAUUUUGACAUCUUAAAAUGGUGGGCUGUGAACUCUGCAAGGUACCCAACACUUGGCAACAUUGCCCGUGAUGUGCUACCUGUUCCAGCUUCAACUAUUGCCUCUGAAUCUGCGUUUAGCACGUGCCGGAGAGUUAUUACAGAUCACAUAAGUAGCCUAGCAGCUGAAACAGUUGAGGCAUUAAUGUGUUUUGGAGAUUGGAUUAGACCUAGCGGAUCUGCUUCUUCCAAAGCAAGCACACCUCAUGUGAUGCCAUCUACCGUUGAUGAAGAAAUGACACUUCUGAAAGCUCAGGCUGGUGAGAAGAACUGGAGUGAAGAAUAACAUGGCCAUUAUCACUUUAUUGGUCCUUCCAAGCAUGCAGCCUGUGGCCAAAUUUGUGCUGUUGAUCAUGUCUCACCUUCCAAGCUGCAGCAUGUUAUUAGUUAUCACUAACAGAAGGCAAUGGAGCUAACACUCUUGAUGAAGCUAGAAUGUAUUUUGUGUGUUGAAACUAGCUGUUGCUCUUUCAUGUGGGUUUAAGUAGGCAGGCUGACACUGCUUAGCAUAUGAAUCUGGUAGUUGUCGUGUAUGUGGCAUUCCCAAACGUUGAACUGUCAGAUGCUUAACAGUGUACUCUCAUGUGUACUAGUUCGUGUAAUGUAGCUGGCCAAACAUGUGCCUCUAGUAUUGCUUUGCAGUAUUUAUUUGAUGGAUA